AUGUGGUUUGAACUUACAAGGGCUAGUGAUGAGAUGGAGUACCAUCAAAGGUUGAAACAACUUGAGGAUGCAUGUGUUGACUCCAAAGGUUUUAUUGAUUAUGUGAAUGACACAUGGUUGACACCGCACAGACAUCGAUUUGUCGAAGCAUGGAUCAAUCAAGUGUUACAUUUGGGCAACACCACAACAAAUAGGGUGGAGUCUGCGCAUUGGAAACUUAAGCAAAUGUUAGAGAAUAGCUUAGGUGAUUUAUGCAAAUGUUGGGAGGCUAUGAAUGACAAUAUCAAGAUACAAGUGGGGAACAUUAAAGCUUCAUUUCAGAAGAGUUUUUAUGAAGUUGAGCAUGCACACACUAGUCCUUUUUAUUCAAAUUUGCGCGGUUCAGUAUCAAGAGCUGCAUUGAGGCAGAUUGCUGAAGAGUGGUUGAGGAUUGACAUGGUAGGUACCGAUACGCAAAAGUGCGGAUGUACUCAUAGAAAAGUAUAUGGGUUACCAUGUGCUUGUGAGUUAGGGAGAUAUACAUUGAGUGGUGAUGCGAUACCAAUUGAGGCUAUUCAUAUUCAUUGGAGAAAACUAAAUAUGGAAGGAAAUCAAGAUGUAGAUGCAGAUGAUGGAUCAGAAGUAGACAUGACAAAUGCAAUCGAUGAAAUUUGGAAAAGAGUGUGUGAGAUUGCUUAUCCGACUACAACAAAGAGGUGUCAACCGCCUGAAAAAAUUAAAACCAAAGGAGGGGUUAAGAAGAAAGGGAAGAGACCUGUGGGAUAUGAUGUUUAUCGUGAUCCUUCAGGAUAUGAGUAUGUUGAUCAAGCACAUUCGAGUUCGCAAAAAUCUUCAAAGAGGUUAUGUUCACAACUAUCCCAAACCUCAAAAAAUAAAGAAUUUGAUAAAUACAUUGUACAAUUUCCAGAUUACAUCAGACCAUUUAUUGAUGACAUUGUUGAUGUAAGAGAUGAUGGAAAUUGUGGGUUUAGAGCCAUUGCAUCUUUGCAUGGUUAUGGCACAGAUGGAUGGUCAAUGGUUCGUCGGGAUUUGGAGAAAGAAAUUAUAGGUCCUAGAAGCAAGUUGUAUGAGGAUUUAUUUGGUAAACGCCUUCCAACUGUGAGAUCAUCGUUGGUGAUAGAAACUUUAGGACAACAUCCACCAAAUAAAUGGAUGACGUUACCUGAGUUGGGCUAUGUAAUAGCUAAUUGGUAUAACGUUGUUCUCGUCUCUUUAGGUCACCCUAGUUUGAGUUACUUUCCUAUGACGAGUGCACAUUCACCUAAUGCAUGCAUUUACUGCAUCGGAUUUGUUAAUGGAAAUCAUUGGGUUCAGGUAAACAUGAAUGAAGGAUUCCUGUUUGACUUUCUCCUAUGA